AUGGGUGACUACUCGAAAGCACUUGAAUUUUACGAAAAAGCACAUCAAAUUUUCGAAAAAACUCUGCCUCCGAAUCAUCCCUCAUUGGCUAUUUCCUACAACAACAUCGGUCUAGUGUAUGAUAACAUGGGUGACUACUCGAAAGCACUUGAAUUUUACGAAAAAGCACUUAAAAUAAAAGAAAAAGCUCUGCCUCCGAAUCAUCCCAAUUUGGCUAAUUCCUACAACAAUAUCGGUCAAGUGUAUAACAACAUGGGUGACUACUCGAAAGCACUUGAAUUUUACGAAAAAGGACAUCAAAUAAAUGAAAAAUCUCUGCCUCCGAAUCAUCCCAAUUUGGCUGGUUCCUACAACAACAUCGGUCAAGUGUAUAACAACAUGGGUGACUACUCGAAAGCACUUGAAUUUUACGAAAAAGCACUUAAAAUAAAAGAAAAAGCUCUGCCUCCGAAUCAUCCCUCAUUGGCUACUUCCUACAACAACAUCGGUCAAGUGUAUGAUAACAUGGGUGACUACUCGAAAGCACUUGAAUUUUACGAAAAAUCACAUCAAAUUCUCGAAAAAGCUCUGCCUCCGAAUCAUCCUCAUUUGGCUGUUUCAAAGCAUGAUAUUGGCCUUACAUAUGAAGACAUGGGAGAAUACUCGAAGGCCAGUCAGUUUUAUCAACGUGCUGUUGAUAUCGCACAAAUUUCAUUACCCUCAAAUCAUCCACACUUACAAUUGUAUAGACAACGCCUUCAGAACGUAAAAAAGAAAAUGUAA